AUGAAUCGUAUUAAUAUUUACAUUCUUGAUUUACCUGAUGAAAUAUUGCUGACUAUUUUUAAUAAAGUUAACAAUACUGAUUUAUUAUAUUCACUGAUGGGUAUCAAUGAAAAACUUGAUAGGAUUACAUGUGAUAAUAUGUUUACUAAAGAUAUUGAUCUGACAACAGUAUCAUCAAAUGGAACGAACGAUUCAAAACUUGAUAUUGUAGUUGAUCGAUUUUGCACAUACAUAUUUCCUCGAAUUCAUAAUAAUGUGGAAUCGCUAGGUAUUCAAGCAUCAAUGUUUCAUCGCAUUCUUCAUGCUGACUAUUAUCCUAACUUACACAAGCUUAGUCUUCUUAAUGUCGAAAUCGAUAUGGCUUCUGAUAUUUUUAAUGAAAAUUCGCUAUUUAUGCGAUCUUACAAACAUAAAAUUUCACAUUUGGUGAUGACGAUUAGUGAUGAGUCUCUUCAUGGAUUAACAGAGAUCAUAAUAGCACAAAUUUAUAUUGGCAUUUUUACGUGGCUAUCAAAUCUACAGUAUUUGGAUUUAGAUUGUAUUGAUGGUAGUCUAUUCUCGGGACGACUGCUGGGUGAUUUAUGUUCUACAAUAUGUUACUGUUCCAAUAUCAAUCAUUUACGUAUUAGAAUACAUAAUUUUGAUGACUGUCUCUGCUUACUCGACGGUCGUCUCAGUCAAUUACACACAUUAAUUGUCAAGCUUGAUGAUGUUCACUAUUCACAAAUAGUUAUAAAGAAUGAGGAUACUCUACUUAAACUCAAAUGUUUUUCAUUCUAUGUAAAUCGCCCAACUUUGUACUUUGACUUUACCGUUGCACCACUUCUUCGUCGGAUGUCAAAUUUGGAAAAACUGACGUUAUCUUUAUCUGUUCGUCGUCGAAAUUCAUUUAUUGAUGGUAUUUAUCUAACUGAUGAAAUUUGCAGUAGCAUGCCGCAUCUGCAUACAUUUAUAUUCGACAUCGUCAGCUAUGAUACAAUAUUUUAUGUACAUCCUAAACCGUCUUCUGAUGAUGUUCGACAAACAUUCAUCGAAAAUGGAUAUCAUGUUGAUUGCUAUAUUGACUAUUGUACAGAUAUAAUGACAGAUGGACUUGGUCGAUGUCACAUUUAUUCACUUCCAUUCACGAUGGAACAUAUCCAAUAUAUUUCAUCUAGAUUUCCAGGUGGUAUAUUUGGGAAUGUUCGCGUUUUACGUGUGGUCGAUACUAAACGCUCUUUUGGAAAGACAUUCUUUGCUAAAAUCUCGCGUUCUUUUCCAUUACUCACUCGCUUGACCGUAUCAAAUACAAUAGAACAAGUAGAAAAACCAUCAUGGCGGUUGAAGAAAUUUAAUGAAACAUCAUCUAUUAUUACAUAUCCUCAUCUUGCAGAACUUGUUUUAUCUGACAUACAUAUAGACUAUGUGGAACAAUUUCUUUUUAGCUUCAAUACAUGCCUUCCUUGUCUUAACUCGCUUGACAUUCGAUAUGAACAUUUAACAACUGUCACAGAAAAUUUCACAAGAGAUGCAACACGUAUGAAUUGUGCAAAAGUGAAACGUAUUGUUUUCAAUAGAGUCAUUCAUUUAGGACAGUCAAGAAAUUUUUAUCUUUAUUUUCCUUCUUUGAAAAAAUAUUGUCCUAUGUAG